CGUAUCGAGUGGACGUGUGUUUUUGGCCGAUCGCGGUGGCCAAUACGGUCUGUGAGUGUGACAAGGAGAGAGGAUUGCUUGGGCGUGUGGAUUGGUCGUGCACAACUGGAUGAAGUCAUCAACGAGAUCGGUAACGACGAAGAGUUACCAACAGUAGCGGAAUCCGCUGAGCGGCUCUGGAAGUGGAUGUGUUUUGUGCCAUUGGGUGGAAAAGAUUGCGGCAUAGUGUAGUGACCAAAACAAAAAAAAAUAGUGAUUCCAGUGGAAGAUCAACGAUCGAGAUCGCCCUAUAGCAGAUUCUGUGCAGUGAACCACUACUGAAAGGAAGACCACAAAAAAUCAAACAAAUUGUCGCAUAGAGCACAAGGUUUAUGCUGUGGCUUUUAUGAAGAUAGUUAUAUCUUGGUGCCUGAGUCUUAGGACGUUAUAUUAACGUCCUACUCAUGUAUAGUUGGCCGCAGCGAUGGCCAAACCGAACAGCUCGUCAUGUAUAGGUUUUGUAAUUAAUUUAUUUAUUUUUAUUAAUUUAAUUUUAAGUAGUAAUGCACAGCGAAGACCGUUUACUAGUAAUAGGUUAGCAAGUAGGCCUGUCCAUCGUGUUCAUCCGUGUGAGCAGAGCAGUUGUUACCCGGCGACCGGUAACCUGCUGAUUGGCCGUGAGAAUCGGCUGUAUGCGUCGUCGACCUGCGGUACGGCGCGGCCCGAGCGCUACUGCAUCGUGUCCCACUUGGAGGAGAAGAAAUGCUUCCUGUGCGACACACGGCCCGAGACGGCCAACAACCCGAUGAAGAACCACCGGGUCGGGCAGAUUAUCUACAAGAAUCAACCCGGCACGCUGGAUCAAUCCUGGUGGCAGUCGGAGAAUGGCAAGGAAAACGUAACGAUACAGCUGGACUUGGAGGCGGAGUUCCACUUCACCCAUUUGAUCAUUGUGUUCGCCACCUUCCGGCCGGCCGCUAUGUUGAUCGAGCGGUCGUACGAUUUUGGUAAAACGUGGCACGUUUAUCGGUACUUUGCGCACAACUGCCGGGAUGCGUUCCCCCAUGCGCCGACGGCGUCGAAGAACAUUACGGACGUAAUCUGCGAUCAUCGCUAUUCCGGUGUGGAACCGUCGAAAAACGGUGAAGUCAUCUAUCGCGUGCUGCCCCCGAUGAACAUCGAAAACCCGUACGCCGAACAUGUGCAGAACAUGCUGAAGAUGACCAAUCUGCGGAUCAACUUCACUCGCUUGCAUACGCUGGGUGAUACUCUACUGGACGAUCGUCAGGAGAUCCAGGAGAAGUACUACUAUGGUAUCUCGAAUAUGAUCGUGCGAGGUUCAUGUUCUUGCUAUGGACAUGCGUCCCGUUGUCUGCCGCUGGAAGGAGUCCGAAAUACCAUCGAUAUGGUGCAUGGAAGGUGCGAAUGUACUCAUAACACCAAGGGUUUAAAUUGCGAGGAAUGCGAAGACUUUUUCAAUGAUUUGCCAUGGAAGCCGGCUUUGGGCAAGCAAACUAAUGCCUGCAAAAAAUGCCACUGUAACAAUCACGCGACAAGCUGUCAUUUCGAUCAGGCUGUCUACGAACAUUCUGGUCGUGUGAGCGGUGGAGUGUGCGACAACUGCCAGCAUAACACACAGGGAUAUCACUGCGAGGAGUGUGCGCAAUUCUUCUACCGUGAUCCCAACGAGGACAUCCAGAGUCCGUACGUGUGCAAGCCGUGCGAUUGCGAUCCACGCGGUUCACUGGACGAUGGUAUUUGCGACUCUUUCGGCGAUGAGGAGACUGGCGUUGAAGCUGGCGCGUGUCAUUGCAAGCGCUACGUAAACGGUCGGCGAUGCGAUCAGUGCAAGGAAGGCUUCUGGAACUUCGACGAGAGCAAUCCCGAGGGAUGCCAACCAUGUACGUGUAACAUUUUGGGAACGGUGAACAAUGCGGGUUGCAACGUUCAUACCGGAGAGUGUAUCUGUAAGAGGCUAGUAACUGGACGUGACUGUAAUCAGUGUACCCCGGAAACCUAUGGCCUCUCUGAAGCUCAUGAAGGAUGCACGCCGUGUAACUGUCAUCCUGGAGGCUCCUUGGACAACGAUUGUGACGUAAUUACCGGUCAGUGUCGCUGCCGACCGCACAUGCAAGGUCGAGAUUGUGCAACUCCUAAGCAGCACUAUUUUAUUCCUACCCUGCAUAAGGUUCUAGAAGCGGAGUUCCCUGGCACUAUUUGUGACCACUACUCAUCGGCUGCCAACUGUUCGGUCGUAAUCCGCGAGCAUCCGCACGAUCGAUCACCGACCUGGACCGGACCCGGUUUCAUUCGUGUGCACGAAGGAACGGAACUGAAGUUCACCGUUGAUGACAUCCCGAAAACCAUGAACUACGACGUGUUGAUACGCUAUUCACCGCAGAUGAAAGGCGACUGGGAGGAUAUCCGAAUGACGGUCCUACGACCGGACGAGUACGACCCGGAAGGUCCGUGCGCGAAUUCACCGCCGAGCUACGAUACGGACAUACACGCAACGCUGCCGGAGUACGAUCACACCGCAGUGGCGCUGCACGAAGUUUGCCUGGAAACGGGCAAGACGUACAAGUUCAUCGUUUCCUUCAAGCGGCACAAUCCGUACGACGAUAAUCCGGCGGCGCAAAUUCUGAUCGAUUCGAUUGUGCUUGUUCCGAAAAUCGAGGUUACGCCGAUUUUCCACGGUUCGCCACAAGCCGAACACAUCUUUGACGAAUAUGGUGAUUUGGGAUGUAAUCAGACUUACUACGAGGUGAACUACGAUGUCAGUGCAAGGCCCGAAUGCAAGGAUUUGUUUGCGACGGUCAGCAUGUUCGUGUUCAAUGGAGCUACUCCAUGCGAGUGUAACCCAACCGGUUCGACGACGAAAAAAUGCGAAGAAUUCGGAGGAUACUGUACUUGCAAGACGAAUGUUGUCGGUCGCCAAUGCGACCGGUGUGCUCCGGGAACGUAUGGGUUCGGACCCGAGGGAUGCAAGGCUUGCGAUUGUAAUAGUAUCGGAUCGAAGGACAACGAUUGCGACCUGGUGACCGGCCAAUGUAGCUGUCAUCCCAACACGUACGGACGGGAGUGCGAUCAGUGUCAGCCUGGUUUUUGGAACUUCCCGAACUGUCAAAUGUGUGAGUGUAACGGACACACCCCGAAUUGUAACUCCAAGACCGGUGAGUGCACGCAAUGUCAGGACUUUACGCGUGGCUGGAAGUGCGAUCGAUGCGUUGAGGGAUACUACGGAAACCCUUUGCUGGGGUCGGAGAUCGGAUGUCGGCCUUGUCGCUGUCCGGAUACGAUAGCAUCGGGACACUCGUACGCGAACGAAUGCUUGCUGGAUCCGAAAACGAACGACGUGAUCUGUUUGUGCGAUCAGGGUUAUGCCGGUGCGAAGUGUGACGUGUGCGCGGAUAACUAUUUCGGUAAUCCGGAUCGACCGGGCGGGGUUUGCCAGCCGUGCGACUGCAGCAACAAUGUGGAUAUAAGCCAAUCGGGCAACUGCGACGCCAAAACGGGACGGUGUCUGCAGUGUUUGUACGAAACCGAGGGCGACCAUUGCGAGAUCUGUUCGGAUGGGUUCUACGGUGAUGCACUGCAGCAGGAUUGUAGACCGUGCGAUUGCAAUGUGCUGGGAACGAAUCAAACGUUGCAGCAUUGUGAUCGGUUUACCGGGCAGUGCCCUUGUUUGGCGAACGUUCGGGGUCAGUACUGCGAGGAGUGUAUCGAAAACCAUUGGAAGAUCGCAAGCGGCGAAGGAUGCGAACAGUGCGGUUGCGAUCCGGUUGGUUCGGUUAACGAGCAGUGUAAUCCGUAUGAUGGACAGUGUACUUGCAAGCCAGGUUUCGGUGGACGACAAUGUAACCAGUGCGAGGCAAACUUUUGGGGAAAUCCAAAUGUACAGUGUAACCCUUGCGAUUGCAAUCCUUACGGAGCGGCCACCCAUCAAUGUAAUCGGGAAACUGGUCAGUGCGUUUGCAACAAAGGAAUCGGUGGAUACAAAUGUGACCAAUGUGCUCGGGGAUAUCUGGGCGAAGCACCGUACUGUGAGCCUUGUGGUGAAUGCUUCGACAAUUGGGACAUCAUAUUGGAUGGUCUGCAAGAGGAGACAAAUCGAACAAUUGAGGAGGCCAAAUCGGUGAAGACGCUUGGCGCUACCGGUGCCUACAAGAAGGAGUUUGACUCGAUGAGUAAGAAGAUCGAUGUGAUCAAUGGAUUACUGACCAACACGAUAUCCGAUCGGGAGAUUGAGGCAAUCGAUGCUCGCAUUGAGGAAGUUAGGAAGCAUCUACGAGUGUCGUUGAAGGCAUUGGAAGAAUCGGAGAAGCGCCUGCAGGAUACGGGAGCCAGUAUCAACUACGCGAACAUUGACAUUGAUGAACUGAGCAAACGAGCCGAGGAGGUCAAACAAAUGGCUAAUUACCUGCGAGAGAACGCAACGAAGCUACAGGAGGGCAACAUAGAAGGAGCUUUGAACCUUACUCGAGAUGCCUGGAAUCGGGUGACGCUUUUAGGUGAAACCAACAUGGAAAUCCAGGAGCUUAACGAUAACGCGGAGCGACAAUGCAAGCGGACGGAUGUGCUGCUGAAAAAACAACAGGAACACUUCGAUCAUUUGCACGACACUAAUGAGGCGUCCUUCCUGAAGUAUCAAGCCGAGCUGGAUACGUUGAAUUCCAACAUGCCGGACUUGAACGAACGCAUCUGCGACCGACGGGGUGAUCCUUGUGACGAGUUUUGCGGCGGAGCCGGCUGUGACGGAAAAUGUGGUGGCCUCACCUGCGAUAAGGGCGCAUUGACUAGGUCGGAAAGGGCACUGUACUACGCGAAGAAAACCGAGCAAAUCAGCAAGGAAAAGGAGGAACUGGCAGACGAUAUUCUGCGAUCGAUGUCGCAAGCGAAAACUAAUGCAUCGGAAGCCUUCAAGAAGGCAAAGCGGGCUCAUGAUAAGGCGGAAGCUCACUACAAUCAGACUCGCAGUCUAAUUGACCAGGCUACUGAAGUGGUGACUGCUUUGACGGAAAUCAUUGACAACAAUACGGCUUCGCCGGACAAGAUUCAGGAAUUGUCGAAUAAAAUCAAGGAUUACGAGUUGCAGCUGGAUCCGGACCAGAUCCAGAAGCUGGCCGAACAAAUCGAUGAAGCAGUAUCGCACUUAGAAAAUGUCGAAUCUAUCAUCCGAAGCACGGAAGACGAUUUACAGCGUGUCGAGCAAUUGAAGGAAGCAACCAUGGGAACGAAGGAUCGUGCCAAGAAUGUUCUGGAAGAAGUGAUUGACGUAAUCAAAGCACUCGAUGACGCGGAUGAGGCGCAGAAAAAGGCACGUCAAUCGAUAAAGCGAGCUAACGAAGACAUCCAGUCUGCUAAGAUCGAUUUGGAAGAGAUCGACAAAGAAACGGACGAUGCUUACAAACGAGCCAACGAGACGGCCAAUAAGGUGGACGAAUUGAAAACUCGUCUCAAUAAGCUGCACGUCAGCAACGUCCAAAACGAGCAAGAUGCCGACGAAAUCAUCAAACAGGCGGAAGCGGUGAAGGAUUCAGCAAAUACCGCCCAUGAUUUGGCUACGCAGUUGAAGGACAAUUACAAGACGGCCAAUGCUACCCUUUCGGCUAGAUCGGUUGCGUCGGAAAGUGCUCGCGAACGGGCCCAGAACCUGCUGAAGCGUGCGUCCAAAAUUACGGUAGAAACCACUAAUCAACUGAAAAAGCUUCAAGAACUUCACACGACGUACGAAUCGAACCAGAAGGACCUGGACUCGCUGGAGGUACAAAUACACGAUUUGACCGAGCAGAUCAACAACUACUUGAACAAGAUCCAGAGUGACGCCGAUCGUUACCGACAAUGUACGACGUAGAGCAACAACGAAGCAAGCAAAAACAACUAACAAAAAAUAAAGUAACUGUUUUCUAACAAAUUUGUGUUCAAUUGAUGGUGUAACGAAAAUCAUUCGCGAUUUUUAUCAAAAAAAAAAAAACUGCCCGUAGUUGAGAACCGUUUGUUUUAACAAAUAUGCAAUUUGGAAUUUAAAAAAAAAUAACUUCUACUCUUAGGUUUAAGGAAAGGCCGGAACUAAUUUACAAAUAUGCAAAAAGCAAAACGAAACAAAACAGAAUAAUAUCCCAGUUUUAACUUAACGUGAUUCAAUAGCCCCAACAAGAACACUCACGGUCCAUUAUGUUCUAAGCCGCUGGCUAAGAGCCAGCGUUUGCAGUGUUGUUUAGCAUACAAUUUUUACGUUUUGUAAAGUGUCCUCUAUAUAUUUUAGUAUACACCGUUCAACGUUCAAUCAAAAAGUGCCAAAAAAAGUGUAUCGAAAGACUCGAAUCUGCUUCCCAGAUGUCACGCAAAAAUGCCAUUUAGUUUUACCAGUGGGUAACGAGUAGAGCUUAGUACUGUAGGAAUAUAGAAAGAGGAAGGUAAUUAUGUCACUGUAACGAUCGAUUUAUGGUAACAAUUUAGAAGUACAUUUUCAAACAGUAACGACAUUUUAUCCGAGUAUUUCGUCGCGUUUUUUAAGGGUGCAAUUUCUAGACUCGUAGCUAAACGUAAAGUCAAAGCACAAUCUUUGGGUUUCAAUUUUGCGUUUAGUACGAUCGUAAUCUAAUAACCCUCAUUAGUGUUAGACUAGAGCAAAGGAAUCGUGGAAAGUUGCGGAUAAGGAGUUUUUGUUGUUGAUUGAAGUAAAAAGCUGAUGAAGAACAACCAUUUAUUAUGCUAAGUAAAACAAAACUUGUAGUCGGUAAGUUCAGCUAGCAAUACUUUACUGCAAACGCAAAAAUAGUCAUAAAGAUUUUACUGCUAAUAAUUUUAAUUCCGGACAUAAAU